CAGCGACGGUCACGGUCAGUGCCACUGAAAGAGGUCAGUCAUCGUCAAGAAGUUGGUUGGUUCCGUAGAUAGAAUGAAAAAGUUUUUAAUUCUUGGUGUGUUUUUUUGUGCUAUACAGUGCGUUUUCUCUCAGAGGCCUUACUUCAUCAAGAAAUGCUACAAAGACGAUGAAGCUGUUAACACAUGUCUUAGGCAAUCUACGAACUUCCUCAUUGCUAACAUCAGAAGGGGCAUUCCAGAACUAGAUAUAUAUGAUCCAGAACCCAUUAUCAUAGAUGAGAUUCAGCUAGCUUUAGGUUCAGGUCCAGAUGGAUAUCGAGCCACUUUUAGGAAUAUCGAAGCCUAUGGAGUCAGUAAUAUCAGUGUUGUUGGUGUGAGAUCAGAUAUCGAGACUGGCCAGUAUCAGUUGACCAUGUAUAUACCAAAAAUAAACGUUAGAGCAAAAUAUGAAUCUAGUGGAGUACUCAUUUUAAUCCAAGCAACCGGUGGUGGAAAUUACUGGGGAGAAUAUGAGGCUGCAUUAAACUUGUUCAUCAAUUCCAAUAGUCAAGAGCUUCUGAGAGAGAUGAAACCCCACGUGAAGAAGAAGCUGUUGAUUCUCAUAAGGGAUUUCGCUGAUAAGUUAUUCAAUUAUGUACCUUAUGACGAGUUCUUAGAAUAGAUUAGCCAUUUAUUUAUUA